UGCAGAGGGGAGAGCGGCGCGAGCCAAGUUGGGGGAGGGUGGAGGAAACCCGGGAGAAAGCCUUCUCCAGCCCCCAAAGUUUUGAUGAUGACCAUGACUACGAUGGCUGACGGCUUGGAAGGCCAGGACUCGUCCAAAUCCGCCUUCAUGGAGUUCGGGCAACAGCAGCAGCAGCAGCAACAGCAGCAACAGCAGCAGCAGCAGCAGCAACAGCAGCCGCCGCCGCCGCCGCCGCCACAGCCGCACUCGCAGCAGAGCUCCCCGGCCAUGGCAGGCGCGCACUACCCUCUGCACUGCCUGCACUCGGCGGCGGCGGCGGCGGCGGCGGCCGGCUCGCACCAUCACCACCACCAGCACCACCACCACGGCUCGCCCUAUGCGUCGGGCGGCGGCAACUCCUACAACCACCGCUCGCUCGCCGCCUACCCCUACAUGAGCCACUCGCAGCACAGCCCUUACCUCCAGUCCUACCACAACAGCAGCGCGGCCGCCCAGACGCGAGGGGACGACACAGAUCAACAAAAAACCACAGUGAUUGAAAAUGGGGAAAUCAGGUUCAAUGGAAAAGGGAAAAAGAUUCGGAAGCCUCGGACCAUUUAUUCCAGCCUGCAGCUCCAGGCUUUAAACCACCGAUUUCAGCAAACUCAGUACCUGGCCCUUCCCGAGAGAGCUGAACUGGCAGCCUCCUUAGGACUGACACAAACACAGGUGAAGAUAUGGUUUCAGAACAAACGCUCUAAGUUUAAGAAAUUGCUGAAGCAGGGCAGUAACCCGCAUGAGAGUGACCCCCUCCCGGGCUCAGCGGCCCUGUCACCGCGCUCGCCGGCGCUGCCUCCGGUGUGGGACGUUUCUGCCUCAGCCAAGGGCGUCAGUAUGCCCCCCAACAGCUACAUGCCCGGCUAUUCGCAUUGGUACUCCUCUCCACACCAGGACACGAUGCAGAGACCACAGAUGAUGUGAGUUGUCUGAGGGAAAUUGAUACCCUAGGGAACCGUCUGAACAAGGCAAGGAGGAUCCAGGACCUGCCUUGCAUCGCCAGACCCAGCUAAGGAGCAGGCUCGGAGAACUCCUGUGUGGCAAGAGAGUGGGGGCGCUUGUUCGCCCUCUUGGGCUCGCUCUCUCUCUCUCUCCCUCUCUCCCUAACUUCUCCUUUCCUUCCUUCCUUCCUUCCUUCCUUCCUUCCU